AUGUGGAGCAGAUGUGGCAGCUUCAAGGUGGCCUGUUGCCAGCCCUCCCCCUAUCCCACCUCAGCCACAUGUCCCGCAGGACCCACCCGGGAGGACCAGGCGGCCACGGUGCUGCAGUGCGCGGUCCGCCGACACCUGGCACGGAAGGAGGCGGCACGGCGGCGGCUGGAGCGCGAGGCCUACCUGGAGCAGAUGGAGAGGCUGCAGCGGGAGGCUUACCUGGAGAUGGUGCGGCGCGAGCAGGCGGCGGCGCGGCGGCGGCGCGAGGAGGAGGAGGAGGCCGAGCGGCGGCGGCGGGAGGAGCAGCGGCGGCGCGUGCGUCUGCGCGAGGCGGCCUUCGACGGGAACCUGGCUGAGAUCGACGCCGUGCUGCAGGAGGUGGAGGUGGAGAUGAGCCGCGAAGGCGUGGGCCGCGACGAGGCGGGCGCGGAGCGGCGACGGCAGCGGCGCGUGGCCACGGUGGAGAGCGAGGACGGCUACGGGAACACGCCGCUGUCCGAGGCGGCCGCGGGCGGGCAGCCACAGGCCAUCCGGCUGCUGGCCGAGCUGGGCGCGAACCCCAACAGCAAGGGCGCGUUCGGGCGCACCCCGCUGUACCGCGCUGCCUUUGGCGGACACCUGGAGGCCGUGGAGGUGCUGCUGCAGCUGGGCGCUGACCCCCGCGUGUACGCCGAGGACGGGAACACGCCGGCCCAGGUGGCCUCUCUGGAUGCCGUGGUCCACGUGCUGCAGUCGUGGGACCUGAGCCUCACGGAUGCCAUGCUUGAGAACAUGGAGGCGGAGAGGCAGCGCCGCGCCCAGGAGGCCCAGCAGCACAAGGAGGCCGAGACCCAGCGGUGUGGCCACCUGACCAACAAGGUGCAGCAGCUGGCCAAGGGGCAGCAGCAGUGCCACAAGGAGCUGCAGCAGGCCUACUGCGAACUGUACCGGAGGGUCACAGAGCACGACAAAUGUGAGCAGCGGCACCAGGGCUUGUCCCAGAUCACACUGCAGGCCAUCAAGGACGCCGAGGACCGAGUGGACAGGCUCCGGCAGGAGGCCCAGAAGGCUGAGGAGACGCUGGCCCUGGCGAGGCUGGAACUGCGGGAGCAGACCCCGGAGGAGGAGGAGUUCCCCGGGCUGAAGUGCCAAGUCACCGAGCUGCAUGACGUCCUAAUGAAGGACGUGGGCGACCGCAUCUAUAUGGAUGGCCGGUGGCCCCUCGUAAUCGACCCUUCGGGGCAGGCGGCCACCUUCCUGCGCUACCAGGACACCAACUACGUGGACACAGUGAACCCAGACCACAUGAGGCCAGAGACCAUUCGCCUGGCUUUGCUGGGGGCGCUCAGGUUCGGGAAACCGCUGGUGUUCGACCUGCGCGAGGUGGACCUGUUCCCCGUGGUGCAGCGGCAGCUGGACGCGGUGCAGCCGGGCCUGGCGCAGGAGCUGCUGGACCGCGCCCUGCUGGAGCAGGACCGGUACCUGUCACUGCUGCGAGCAGGCGACGGGCCCGAGUACAGCGCCAGCCAGUUCCAGGAGGCACGGCUGGGCCACUUCCGGCUCUUCUUCGUCACUAGGCUGCGGUGGCCUCCGGCCGAGCAGCUGCAGGUCCUGCUCCCGGUACGCGUGGAGCCGCCGCGGGGCCCCUAG